GCCGGUGGGAAUGUUGUGGUCGGACCGUCUCCAACGUUGAAACCUCCCAUUUUGACUUUCCCAAGAAAAUAUAGAAUCGAGGAAAAGUAUGGCAAUCGCCACGCGUUCUCCUCUUCACCAUCUUAAUCUUGCUUCCCACCGAUUCCAUUCUAUUCUAUUAUUACACACACAUCAUUUGUUUCAUUUUCGUUUCCUACGUUCUCUGCGUUUCUGACCCAUAUCAAACAAACUCCUCGCCGCUUCCGUUCUUGAAUUCUUCCCCAACAAAAAUCCAAUCUUUCAACAAAUCUUCAAGGAACGGAGGGGCUGCACAUAUUUCAAAAUGGUUCAGAUUAAAGAGUUUCGGAUUGUUAUGCCGUUAUCAGUGGAAGAGUUUCAAGUAGCUCAGAUGUACAUGGUGAUGAAAAUGCAGCAACAGAACACGAAUUCAACGGAAGGGGUGGAGGUGUUGGAGAACAGACCUUUCGAAGACGAUGAAAUUGGAAAAGGGCAAUAUACUUUGAAAAUUUAUAGGCUGCAAAGCAAAGCUCCUGCUUGGUUGUCUAAAUUUGCCCCGGCCGAUGCUCUUGUGAUGCAAGAGGAAGCUUGGAAUGCAUAUCCAAGAUGUAAAUCAGUUAUCAAGUGCCUGUAUUUCACAAGAUUCAUUCUUACUAUAGAAACUAUUCACACAGCUGACUGUGGUCUAUCUGAAAAUGUGCACGGUCUCACUAAAGAGCAAUUAGCAAUUAGACAGGUGGAGACUCUCGACAUAGCUUCAGAUGCGAGUGAUUAUUGGAGCUAUAUAAUUGGGGCUAGCAAUUUCGAUUUUUCUCAGUUUCAAUCAGCUCGAACUGGCCGUGGUCCAUUAUUAGACGGAUGGCAGGAGCAAUGCGAUCCAGUUAUGACAGCUUACAAGUUGGUGACGAUAGACGUCCCGUACUGGGGCUUCGGCAGUAAACUUGAACAAGCUUUGCUUGCGGGUGAAAAGGCGCUGUUCCUUGAAAGUCAUAGAAAUUGCUUCGGAUGGAUUGAUGAGUGGUAUGGGCUGAACGUGGAUAUGAUGCGUGAGCUCGAGAAAAAAAGCGAUUCUUCAUUAAACGAGAAACUAGGUCGGCCUGGUCUAGUGGCGAACGGGGAGGAAUCUGAUGGUAGCUGAACUUCUAGAAGGUGCUGAUUCUGGGAAUUUUGUAGGAGUAUUCAUGCUUCUGAUCUUGCUCAGCUGAGGGUAAAAGUUAGGUUCUCGUUUCGCGAAGACACCGGCGCGUGUUCGACUGUAGAAGACCUUAGGCAGACAUCGGCACCUAUAAACAGGUCAAAUUUCCUUUCCACCUCUUCUUUUUGGUUAGAAGCUGAAACACAAAUUUAGAUGAUCACAAAAGCUGCUGCUUUGAUGCAUUUUUUGUCCACAUUUUUGGAGAUGCAUUGGAGUAUUUGAACCCUAUAUAGAUUCUAGUUGUAAUUUAUUACUAUUCUUGUUCGAAUUGUUAAUACAUAUAGUUAAUGUUGCCUCGUGUAAAUAAUUGAUUUAGACUAUCAUUUCUGAUUAUUGCUUUAAUGGAAAAAAUGGGAAAGAGUUGUAAUUUUUGGAUACAAA